UUGACCCCAGUGCCUCCCAUUGACCCUCAUUGACCCCCAUCAACCCCCAAUGCCUCUAAUUGACCCCCAUUGACCCCCAGUGCCUCCCAUUGACCCUCAUUGACCCCCAUUGACCUCCAAUGCCUCCCAGUGACCCCCAGUGCCCCCCAUUGACCCUCAUUGACCCCAGUGCCUCCCAUGGGCCCUCAUCGACCCCCAUUGCCCCCCCCCAGCUGAGUUCUCGCUACGGCCCGGUGCUGUCGCUGCGCCUGGGCUCGGAGCAGGCGGUGGUGGUGAGCGGCGUGGCGGCGCUGCGGGAGCUGCUGGUGACCAGGGGGGACGAAUUCACGAGCCGGGGGCAUUUCGCCAUCGGGGAGAAGCAGAGCGCGGAUCUGGGGCUGUUCAUGAGCAACGGGGCCACGUGGAUCAGCAUGAGGAGAUUCGCCCUGACGGCGCUGCGGGAUGCGGGGAUGGGGAGCAGGAGGGCGGAGGAGAUGGCGAUGGAGGAGGCGGCUGAGCUGAUCAGGGAGCUGGAGAAGGGGGGAACUGCAGUCCAGGACCCCUCGGAGCUGCUGAGUGCGGCGGUGGGGAACGUGGCGCUGCGGCUGCUCUGCGGGUGCCGUUUCCCUUAUGGGGACUCGGGGUACCGCGAUGCGCUGCGCUGCAUGGCUGAGAACCUCCGCAUCGAGAGCUCCGCUGCAGGGAAGCUGUACAACGCCCUCCCGGCGCUGCUGGAUCCGCUGCCCGGCGCCCAUCGGCGCUUCUUCCGCAACAACGCCCGCGUGCGGCGCUUCCUGGAUGGCGUCAUCGCGGGGGGGGGCGAGAAGAGCGGCGAAACACCGCGAGAUUUCGUCAGCGCCUUCCGGAGGAAGAUGGAGGAGGCCGCCCCCGGCUCGCCGUUCACAGCCGCCAACCUGCAGGUCUCAGCCUUCGAUCUGUUCCUGGCGGGGACGGAAACCACCAGCAUGGCGCUGCGAUACGGGAUGAUGGCGGCGCUGCGGGAGCCGGCCGUCAUGGAGCGGGUUCAGGAGGAGCUGGACCGCGUUGUGGGCUCGGAGCGGCCGCCAUCUUUACGGGAUCGCCCGGCGCUGCCCUACACCGACGCCGUCAUCCACGAGGUGCAGCGGCACCUCGACCUCAUCCCACUGGGGUUCGUCCGCAGCGUCACCAGGGACACCCCCUUCCGGGGGUACAUCAUCCCCAAGGGCAGCACCAUUUACCCCCUGCUGAGCUCAGCCCUAAAGGACCCCCACUAUUUCCCGAACCCGGAGCGCUUUGACCCGCAGCAUUUCCUGGACUCUGAGGGGAAAUUCCGCCGCUGCGAAGCCUUCAUGCCCUUCUCUGCAGGGAGGCGGAUGUGCCUGGGGGAGCCGCUGGCGCGGACGCAGAUCUUCAUCUUCAUCACCGCCCUCCUGCAGCGCUUCCGCCUGUGCCCCCCCCCCGGGGAGGAGCCCCCCGAGCUCCGGCCCGACAUCGGCGGCAUCACCAACAUCCCGCCGGCGCUGCGCCUCCGCUUCUGCCCGAGAUGAGACCCCCCAGAACGGGGGAGACCCCACCCCACAACGGGGGCACCCCCCAAAUUGGGGAGACCCCCUCAAAAGGGGAGGCCCCCACCCAGAGAGCCUUUCUGCCCACGGUGAGACCUCUACCCCAAAAUGGGGAGACCCCCAAAAAGGGGGCGACCCCACUGUAGGGCGGGGUGUCCCCAAAAUCCUUCAUCCCGAACCCAAAUGGGGAUGGAACC